CCGGGACCCAAGUGGUCAGUGUUUGUAUGCACUGCAACUCGAGAAACGCCAAGUUUCGGGCCGUGUCGCUGCGGCUUCGAUCUCCUUGGUAGUGUACUAUGUACUAACCUCAACAAGCGAAAGCUUGGUGCUUGCAGCCACCGUAAACUGUUCAUCGCCGAGAAUAGAACCACCUCAGCACGACUGCCCAUCAUGUCGGUAACACUGCACACCACCCACGGGAACCUCAAAAUCGAGGUGUUCUGCGAGAGCGUUCCCAAAACCGCGGAAAACUUCCUCGCCCUCUGUGCGUCCUCCUACUACGACGGCUCUCCCUUCCACCGGUUGAUCCCCUCCUUCAUGGUCCAGACCGGCGCACCAGCCCAUCCCAACCCACCCGACAACCCCAAGGGCGGGCGCUCCAUCUACGGCGCCACCUUCGAGGACGAGAUCCGACCGGGGCUGCGGCACCACGAGCGCGGGAUCGUCAGCAUGGCCAACAAGGGCCCCAACACCAACGGCAGCCAGUUCUUCAUCACCUUCGCGCCCGCGCCGCAUCUCGACGGGCUCAACACCGUGUUCGGAAAGCUGCUCGGGGACGAGAGCCUCGCCACGCUGGCCAAGAUCGAGGCCGUCGAGGUGGACAAGAAGAACCGGCCGGUGGAACCGAUCCGGAUUGAGAAGGUGACGAUACACGCCAAUCCGUUGGCGAAAUGAAGGGGGCAAGGGAGGUAAUGCUACACACACAGGAAGAAUCCGAACGCACGCAAGAGAUCAAGAGGAGGGGGGAAAAAAAGAGAGAGGGAAAUGAACAGCCGAGCGAUGACGCUCUCGGC